AUGGAUGAAGAUAAACCCUCCAGUUCUAUUGCUAUAAGAAAUGCAUUCUUCUGCGAGGUUGGUAUUGGGAUCUCAGCCAACACUAUCCUUCUUCUCUUCCACGUCCACACCUUCCUUCUCGAGCACAGACCCAAGCCCAUUGAUCUGAUGAUUAGUCACCUGGCCCUAAUCCACAUAGUCAUGCUAGUAGCCGUGGGGUUCAUAGGUAUAGACAUCUUUGGGUCUCAGGAUGCUUGGGAUGACAUCAAAUGUAAAUCAGUUUUCUACUUACACAGGAUGACAAGGGGCCUCUCCGUUUGUACCACCUGUCUGCUGAGCAUCUUCCAGGCCGUCACCCUCAACCUCAGAAACUCCUGUCUGGCAAAAUUCAAACUUAAAUUGUCAAAUCACAACCUACGUUGCUUUCUCCUCCUCUGGGUCUUUAACAUGCCCAUUAAUAGUCGCUAUUUAGUCUCAACCAUUGCCACACCCAAUGUGACCUCGGACAGUUUUCUGGCUGUCACUGAAUCCUGCUCUCUCUGGACCUUGAGUUACUUUCUCAGGUACAUAUAUUUCCCCCUAGUGACCUUCUGGGAUGUCUCUCUUAUAGGGCUCACGGCCCUCUUAAGUGGAUACAUGGUGACUCUCUUGUAUAGGCAUAGAGGCAGUCACACACCGUCACAGCACCGAGCUUUAAUGAAAGCAUCCCCAGAAGAAAGGACCACCGAGACCAUCCUGUUGCUCAUGAGUUUCUUUGUGGUCAUGCACUUUCUGGACUGCAUGGUCACUUCCUUCUCAGGAAUGUUGAGGAAGAGUAACCCAGGUCUUCUCUUUGUCCAGAUGCUCGUAGGCAGUGGCUGUGCCACCAUCAGUACUUUUGUGCUAAUCCAUACUGAAAAACGAAGGAUCACAUUCUUAAAAUUCAUAAAGGGGAAGGACAGUAAAUGUCUAAUUAUUCAGUGA